AUGCUCUCGAACAGACCUGGUCGCAUGGGAAUAACGCCGGACCCUCAGGAUCCCACAUAUCGACAAGAGAAGGUUCAGAUGCAUAAGGAUCCACCCAAGAGACCAGGAAGCAUCCAAUGCACAGGCGAAGAGGAUCGACUUGAUAUCAAAAGACUCCUGAACGAUAGGCAUGUCACCUUGCCCUGGGUUCAGUUAAUGGACGCCAGCGAGGCCUUGGCUGCAUCCCUCGCAUUCAAUACCUCUACCGAAGAGUACCUCAACGAUGCCGCCCCUUCCGACGCUGAGAAGAAGGGAGCUGCUGCGGCCACCCGUCGCCCUCGUGUGAGCGAGAUGCAGCCCCCGCCUUUCCCCGAAGAUGACUUGGAGGCGGCGUGUGCGCUCUCCAUUCACACACUGUGCACACUAGCCCGCAACACGGCGUAUAGACUAGAACAUGCGUGA